UUGGGGAAUGGCUGGAAUCACAACCUUGUAAGAUAGAAUAGAAUAAACCUUUAAUUGUCCCACAAGGGAAAAUUUGGUGAUCAUGAAAGAUGUACCGUUAGGCCCCCUCCUCGAUUCAGAGAUGGUCUUUCCAUUUUUGCGUAAAUGGCCUCCUUGACUCUGCUCAAACUAGCGUUCCUCCUGGUCCAGGAUGUCUCAUCAUUGAAAGAGUUCCCACUGGCCUGUAGGUGUAAAUUGACUGGAGAGUCCUGGCCCUACUAAAGAAUGUUAUCUUGUUUCAGGAUGCAUAAUACCUGCCAUUAUCCAACCCAUUCACAGUGUUGAGGAAAGCCUAAGCUGAGAAGGCAUCUAAAGUAAGCCCCAGGCGGUAGAGAAGGACAGCUGCUGGUUAAACAAAAACUCUUAGUGAUCCCUCAUGUCAGCAGUAUUGAAACAGUUCAGACAUGUUUUUUUCUGAAUGUAGUCUAAGUGUCAGGAGGAAUGCCGUGAUUUAUACAUUGAGGAAACCAAACAACCUCUGGCAAUGCAGAUGGCACAACACAGAAGAGCUACCUAUGUUCACAUCCACAGGUCAGUGUGGCCUGUAGGUGUAAUUCUUAAUUCCACUCUGCCUAGAUGAUACCCAUAAAUCAGGUGAUGUUAUGCCAUCAUUUCUUAGUACACAACAAACACUUCACAUUAGAAUGAAAAAAAAAAUCCCAAGUGUGCGGAAGUAGAGGCAGUAGUAGCGCAUUUAAUUAUUUACAAGCAUAAUGUUUGUUUAUUGACAUACGUGGGCAAUCUUUCUAUUUUCAGCAGAUCAGAGCAAUCUGCUGCAGUAUCAGGGUCACAAUAAACUUUAUUGUCCAGUUGUGGAUGGUGCAGAGUACCAGCUUUUUAAACCCUGGUAGGGGUUCUCCCUAAAGAAGUGUAAUUGACCCACUUUUGAUCACAUGCCUUAUCACAUAAGGGAUAAAAUGCAUAUCUACACUUUUGUGUCCCAGCUGAGUAACAGGAGGAGAAGAGUCUGGUGGAGCAGCAGAGGAACAGUUUCAGCCAUUUGGACUCAGCUCAGCCACUACAGAGGAAACAAUGACUUCAACACAGGAGGACCAACAUGGAGCAAGAAGUCAGCGCUCUCAGGAGGCCGACAAACCUCACAGAAGAAAGGGAGAGAAAACAUACAGCUGUGAUGAAUGUGGAGAAGAUUUUACUGGAAAGUCUAACCUGAAAAUUCAACAACUCAUCCACACUGGGAUGAGACCAUUCAGGUGUGACUUGUGUGGAACGUCUUUUACCAAGACAGUAAACUUAAAAAGACACCAACUCAUCCAUAGUGGAGAUAAACCGCACAGCUGUGACUUGUGUGGAAAAUCUUUUACCCAACCUGGAAACUUAAAAAGACACCAGCUUGUCCACAGUGGAGUCAAACCGUACACCUGUGAUCAGUGUGGUAAAACUUUUAAUUGCAGUGGCAACUUACUAAAGCAUGAAGUUACCCACUCUGGAAUUAAGGCGUACAGCUGUGACAUUUGUGGGAAGACUUUUAGCCUUUUAGGGAACAGAAAUAGACACCAACGCAUUCACACUGCAAAUGGUGUUUACUUCUGUGAUCAGUGUGGGAAACUGUUUACAACAGAUGCACACUUACAAUUCCACAUGUUUACCCACGCUGAUGAGAGACUUUAUAAAUGUGACCUGUGUGAUAAGGCUUUUAAAUCUCCACGUUACCUGAGAAAACACCACCAAAUGCACUCCAGAAAGAAACUCUACAAGUGCAGUAAUUGUGAGAAGCAGACCGACACAGAUGGAUCCAGUUCUCAACCCUGUCAUCACUGUGAUGGUGGGAAAGACUUUUGUUGUGACCUUUGUGGAAAAACUUUCAGUCAUCAGUGGAACCUUACAAUACAUCAACGUAGACACACUGGAGACAAAAUGAGCUUCUGCAAAGAAUGUGGGAGAGGCUUCCCCACUCCAAGUGAAUUAAAGCGCCAUGAACUCAUUCACAGUGGGGUCAAAAAGAACGUCUGUGACCAGUGUGGGUCAUCAUUUUUCACUGCAGAUGAUCUUAAAAGACAUAAACGAGUCCACACAGGAGAGAAACCAUACAAGUGCAGACACUGUGAGAAAUGUUUCACACAAUCAAGUAGUCGUAACCUUCAUGAAGGUACACACGGAAGAGAACUUCAGCUGUGACAAGAGCUUCAGGAAUCUCGGUUCAUACUCCGAAUAUAAACGAUCCCACGCUGUAAAUAAACAGUUUCACUGUUACCAAUGUGCAAAAACAUUCACUUCAUUUUCUGCUCUGUGCAAACAUCAGCGUGAUCACGCAGGACUGAAAUCACUGUAUCACAAUCAAUCUGAAGAUCCUCUUCUGGUUUCAGGGUCAGACUUCAAAACCUUGAGAUCAGGCUCCACAGAGUUCAGCUGGAAUCUGCUGUAAAAAGUGUCAGCUGAUGACACACUUGGAUCUGAUGUGGUAGCUCUGAUAUCUGGACCUGAAGUGAAUAAACCUGAAUGUUAUAACUAGGAAGGCACAAGUAUAAAUAUUUACAUUAGUUUGUGUGUGUGCGUGUGUGUUUUAAAAGGAAUUUUAACACUUAGCCCCCUACAAAAAGUAGUGUUUAGUGUCAGUACUUCCAUGGAUGCUUUUGGUGUUUAAUAACCAGUAACCAUCAUGGCUUGAUAAAUAGACAAAUAGAUAUAUUCCCACUCUUAAUACACCCAAUCACUGCAGUCAUUAGAUAAACAUUUACAGGUGGCAUGUUUCUGCUUUCUACUAGAAAUCUGAGGUGUAUAAGGUAAACGGCAAUGGAGAUCAAAAUCCUUCGGCACUAUUAUUUGCCCUGCAGUGAACUGGAAGCUGUUCAGCAUGUACUAUUAGAAUGUCAGGUCUAUGUUCAAGAAAGGAACAAGGCAUUAAUAGCAAUUUUUAAGAAGCUGAAUGUGACUAGGCUCUUUGACAUUCAUUUAAACACGAAGCUUCAGAAGGAUUUCAUAAGAUGAUCUAUACCGCAGUUAGACUUCGGUCUAGCAAAGAGGUGAUAAAGAUGAUUGUGUUACUAACUCUAUUGUGUCUUUUUCUUUUACUGUCUGUUGAAUUCCCAGUGCCACCAAUCUAGGCAACACAGUGGUAUAGGAUAGUGAUGUGCAAAUGAAGCAAAGAACCAUUUCAUCAACUGGUUCAUUAAUUCAAUGCUUUGUUUCAGCGCAUCUAGUGGCGAAAUGGGAAACAGUGAAAAAAAAGUCUAAAUAUUCAUGUACUGAGCAUAACUGGGGGUUGUGCAAAAGAUACAAAUAUACUUGUGUAAAGAUGGAUUUACUGGUCAGUUGAUUCUGUAAAUGUACGUACUGUAGCUGAAGGAAGGAUGUGCUGGGAUGGUAUGGUGUGCUCAUGUAACUAGCGCAGGGUGUGAGAAGGGAUGAGGUGCCGAACAUUUAGUUUUUAUUAAAAAAUAAUAUUUUUUCCUCUUUUUAGAAUUGCUUCAUUUUUGCUGACAGUUUCUUCAUGGCACUGAUGAGGCUUGGUGUUGCUUUGCUACCACAAACAAAUGUAAGUAAUUGCUUGGACAUGUUCUCUCCCAUCAGUUCUGCUGUCAUGUUGGUGGUAUUGCCCAUUAUGGCCAUCUUAAUAAAGAUCUAUCUGUCUA